AUGCAGGAGGAGGCCGGCGACUCGGUGGGCGCCCGUCGGGCAGUGGAGAAGCUGUCCGAAGCGGUGGGGCUGCGAGCCAAGGCUCUGGGCAGCGCCCUCCAGGAGGCUCACCGCCAGCGGCGCCUCCUGCUGGCCAUCGUUUGCGUGGCGCUGCUGCUGGACAACAUGCUCUACAUGGUCAUCGUGCCCAUCAUCCCCGACUACCUGGCCACCAUGGAUGGCGGCGGCGGCGCGGGGAAGGUACCGACGGCCGGGCAGAGCCUGGAGGUCAACAGCAGUGGGACGGGCGGGGGCUGGGCCGGCAACGCCAGCAGGACCUCCGGGCUGUUCCCGCCGCCCUUGCGGGCCGACAACCAGGACAUCAAGAUCGGCGUGCUCUUCGCCUCCAAGGCCAUCCUGCAGCUGCUGGUCAACCCGCUGACCGGCACCUUCAUCGACCGCGUGGGCUACGUCCUGCCGUUGCUGAUCGGGCUGCUGGUCAUGUUCCUCUCCACACUCAUCUUCGCCUUCGCCGAAAACUACGCCACCCUGUUCGUGGCGCGCAGCAUGCAGGGACUGGGCUCGGCCUUCGCCGACACCUCGGGGAUAGCCCUCAUCGCCGACAAAUACACCGAGGAGUCGGAGCGCAACCGCGCCCUGGGCGUGGCGCUGGCUUUUAUCUCCUUCGGCAGCCUGGUGGCGCCCCCCUUUGGCGGCAUCUUGUAUCGCUUCGCCCGCAAGCAGGCGCCCUUCCUGGUGCUGGCCUCCAUCAGCCUCCUGGACGCCCUGCUACUGCUGGUGGCCAUCAAGCCCUUCGCCAACAGGACCCGGGAGAACAUGCCGGUGGGCACCCCCAUCCACCGGCUGAUGAUCGACCCCUACAUCGCGGUGGUGGCCGGGGCCCUCACCACUUGCAACAUCCCCUUGGCCUUCCUGGAGCCCACCAUCGCCAGCUGGAUGAACCGCACCAUGAACACCAACGAGUGGGAGAUGGGUCUGGCUUGGCUGCCAGCCUUCUUCCCCCACGUCCUGGGUGUCUUCAUCACCAUCAAGCUGGCGGACAAGUAUCCCCACCUGCAGUGGUUCUAUGGGGCGCUGGGCAUGGUCAUCAUUGGGGCCAGCUCCUGCGUGGUGCCUGCUUGCCGGAACUUUACCCAACUGAUGCUCCCAUUGUGUGGCAUCUGCUUUGGCAUUGCCCUGGUGGACACGGCCCUUCUGCCCACCCUUGCCUUCUUGGUAGAUGUGCGCUAUGUGUCUGUCUACGGCAGUGUCUACGCCAUUGCCGACAUCUCCUAUUCGGUGGCCUAUGCCCUGGGGCCCAUCGUGGCUGGAGAGAUUGUCCACUCGUUUGGCUUCACCCAACUAAGCUUGGGCAUGGGCCUUGCCAAUGUCCUCUAUUCUCCGGUCCUUCUGGCCCUCAAAAACAUUUGCCAUAUGAAGCCCUCCCACUCGGAGAGGAACAUCCUUCUUGAUGAGGAACCCAAAGGACUAUACGAUACCAUCAAGAUGGAAGAACGCAAAGCCAAGGGUAGAAACUUCCACCCAGUGGGGGAUUUUGAAGAGAAUAGUGUAGAUCCUUAUCAAAGAGACUUUAAAGGGGCUUUUGAGGAUGAUUCCUCAGACUAUGACUAUACUUAGGGCCUGGCUAGAAGGUCCUGUCUGAAUAGGGACAGUGUCUCAGCUAUUGUCUCCAUAUCCCCAA